AUGUUACCCGAAAGGGUCAAGGCUAAUAUUGAGGGUGACAUUGCUGAGAAUCAAAGCCAAGUGGCGGUGGUAGUUCUUUUGGCACUUUCCCUCAUUAAUUGCUUCUCCUGCCUCAAGUUGGGAGAAACUUGUGGGUCUGAGAACAAAUGCAACGGUGGUUUAAUUUGUGCAACAUGUCCAGAAAAUGGGAAUACCCGCUCUAGAUGCGUCAGGACCCAACCUAUAAUCCCUACUUCCAAGGUGAAAGGUUUGGCAUUCAACAAAUAUUCGUGGCUGACAACCCAUAACUCAUAUGCUCAAUCUGAUGUUAAAUCAGAAACAGGAUCAAUCAUUAUAACCACCACCACACAGGAAGACACAGUUGCCCAACAACUCAAAAAUGGAGUUCGUGGGCUUAUGUUGGAUUUGUAUGAAUUUGAAAAUGACAUCUGGUUGUGUCACUCGUUCGGAGGCAAAUGUUACCAAUACACUUCGUUUAAACGUGCUAUAACCGUGCUCAAAGACAUUCGAUCAUUUCUGGAAGCAAAUCCAUCAGAAAUUGUGACCAUCUUCAUUGAAGACUAUGUGUCAGCUCCCCAGGGGAUCUCAAAGUUGUUUGAUAAUGCUGGGUUGAGCAAGUAUUUGUUCCCGCUGUCUAAAAUGCCUAAGAAUGGUGAAGAUUGGCCAACCGUUGAUCAUAUGGUUCAACAAAAUCAACGCUUUGUUGUUUUCACUUCUAAAUCAUCAAAAGAACAAUCUGAUGGCAUUGCUCAUCAAUGGAAAUACGUGGUAGAAAACCAAUAUGGAGACGACGGAAUGAUAAAUGGGUCUUGUCCAAAUCGUGGAGAAUCCCCAGCUAUGAACACAAAAUCAAGGUCAUUGGUUCUGAUGAACUAUUUUCUGACUAAUGCUAAUGCAACUGCGGCUUGUGCUCACAAUUCGGCUCCAUUGGUUAACAUGCUCAAAACCUGUCAUGACGCUGCGGACAAACGGUGGCCAAAUUUCAUUGCUGUUGAUUUUUAUCUGAGAAGUGAUGGAGGAGGAGCCCCAGAAGCUGUUGACAUUGCCAAUGGUCACUUAACUUGUGGAUGUGACAACAUUGCCUAUUGCAAGCAUAAUGCCCCGUUUGGAACAUGUGAUGUGCCUCCAAUUUCUCCACCGCCACCUGCGGCUGCUCCCCGGUCGCCCCCCCGCGAAAAAAGCUGA